GCUUGUCCUUGACCACGCUCAUCAUCAAAAUCUCGGCUGCUUCUACUGAACCUCACUCCCAUGAAAUAAUGGAAUCAGGGCAGGAAUAUAGAACUCGAAAAGUGGAAUCGGUUACGGGAUUAGCAGGCUCUUCGGUCAGCCACAUUAACCUCUUGUCUUCGGUAGCACUGUCUUCAAUAGCGCUAUACUAUGCACUGCGUUCCAGAUUUCCCUCAAGUCCAACAACAGGCCUCAUAGCAUCAUGGCUGCUACUCGUCUUCCCCUUGCUCCUCUCCAUGACGUUCUUCGCGAAUCGACCCGGGACUUUAUUCCUUCUAUUUGGCGUUCCAGCUGGUUUAAUACUGACUUUACCGAAGAAAGAACGGGGUGCCCCACUACUGUCACCUACUUCCUCUCGAGCGCUGGAAACACCCAAACCGUCAAUACCUCAACUCAACUGCGUGACGACAUACAGAGCCCAUAUGCUUUUGAUGACCAUGCUUGCAAUCCUGGCGGUGGAUUUCUCUAUCUUUCCUCGGUCGCUGGCAAAGUGCGAGACGUUUGGGUUUUCGUUAAUGGAUCUAGGCGUUGGGUCUUUUGUGUUCGCGCAAGGGCUCGUUUCGGCAAUCCCGUUGAUAAAAAAUCCAUUGCACCUCACGUCGCCUUUUUUACCUAAAGUCUCCAGUAUCAUUCGGAAAACGAUGCCCAUUAUUGCAUUGGGCCUGAUCCGAGUUAUUCUCGUCAAAGGGACUGAUUAUCCCGAACACGAAACAGAAUAUGGUGUUCACUGGAACUUUUUCAUUACCCUCGCCCUUUUACCCGUGAUGGAAGUGGUUCUCCACCCCUUGAUGGUCUACUGCUCUGUUACGUUCAUUGGUAUCACCGUUGCCAUCCUACACCAGUUAGCUCUAUCCAAACUGGGUCUUGAAGACUAUGUCUUCAACGCAUCACGGGUAUCUUCUGUGGUCAGUGCCAAUAAGGAGGGCAUUGUUUCGCUUGCCGGGUAUUUCGCCAUUCACCUUCUCGGUUUGACUACCGGAACGCUCAUCCUUCCGCCUUCGCCAUCAUACUUUCGUCGUAUUCACCGGCAUCUGCAGCAGAGACGAGGAGCUCACGACACCUCAAAUACUGUCGACCCGCUGAAGAAGUUAACUUCAACCCGACAAGACGAUAAAACUGCCACGGAACUUUGCGCGUACACCGUUGUUUGGUGGAUUCUCUUUGGUUCAACGAGAUUGCUGAGGUUUGACGGGGGGAGUGGAGCGUCCAGAAGACUGGUCAACAUCUCCUAUAUCUUCUGGGUAUCCGCGUACAACACAUCAUUCAUACUCGGAUACAUGAUCUUGGAUAUCUUAUUCUUCCCAACUCCACGACCUUCGAAACCGAAAUACAGCAAAGGUAAACCCGUAGAGUAUGCUGAGAUACACCCGGUGGGUAUAAACUCGGAGGAAAUCCCUCCCGCUUUAUUCACCGCGAUCAACAGGAAUGGAUUGGUUCUGUUUUUGCUCUCCAAUUUAGCGACUGGAGUUGUAAACCUGUCUAUACCAACUCUAGAUACAUCCGAUACGUGGGCGAUAUCAAUUUUAAGUGUAUAUAGUUUUGGGAUAUGUGUUGUUGCAUGGGUGUGUAGGAAUAGGAAGCUCUGGCAGCUGUAGCCUUUCUUUGGGUCUUCUGAUAUAGGCUGAUUCUCCCCGA